CCGAGAGCCGUGGUCAUGUUCAAGAGCCGAAAUGCCGCGCAGCGUGCUAUGUCCCUCUCCAAUUGUUUAUUGUUUGGUCAACAGCGCCAAUUGGCGUUUGACAUUGUUGUAAGCGUAAGAAAAUCAUAAUAAUUUCGUUUGUUGGUGAAAUUUUAUACAUGUGUGGCGCGUUUUUUUCAGGCUUUUGUGCGUCUUUCAUUCCACACACAUUUAUUAUUGCAUUUUUGUGUUCUCCUGAUUCGCAAAUGCAGGCCCUAUAGCUGUCCCGCUCGCACAGCAAAACAUCUGUUUUACGCGGUUGUUUUGAUCGGCAAACAAAAGCGUAAAUCUUAGAAAAAAUGAUAGAUUUUUAGCUAAUUUUAAGUUUUUAGCAAUUAAGUAUUGUAUUUAAUCCGUAAAGUGUUAAGUGUCAAUUAGAAACCAAGAAAAUCUAGGUGUUUUAAUUUUUUCUCUUGGUGUGACCGUAUAUACGGUGUGACCAUUUGUUGUGAAACGGUAUCUCCAGAUAAAUAGUGUGCCCGUGUUGGGGCUCAUCGCAAAUCCGCAGACGGCCUUGUCUGCCACCAUUUACAUUCAUUGUUGCUUGGACGUGGCAGCCAUGACGUGAUUUCUGAGUUUUUGUUAAACAGAUUACACUAUUAAUUGUAGCGAAAACUGUUAAUUAAGGGGAAUACGUGCAUUACUCGUCACCGCCUAUCGAUUGCCAGUGUUAAUCCAGAAAUCCAGUGCGUAAUAUAUCCAACCUACAACAUAAAAGAAAGAAAAAAGAAAAGUGUGUGCAAAAAAUAAAAACCUGAAAUUACCACAAUAUAUACGUAUAUUGUGUAAGAAAGCAAAGCGAAAAGAAAACGAAGCAAUAAUGUGCAUAUGCAGAGAAACGAAACAAAGAUGCGUGGAAUAUUGUGGAAAAUCUUGUCGCACUUCCACUGACGCACAUACAAAUGUGAUUUUUUUUUUCACUCCCCCCUUCGCCGACGGGCUCUCUUGAUUGAUUUCUCCACUCUCUCGCGUCUCUGUAUGUCUGCGUGUUAUGCACGCGCGCUCCAGCAAAACGUCGCCGUCGCCCCGUCUCAGUCGCUCCAACCGAAAAAACCCCAAAAUCCCCGACGCGUUUUAAUUAAAUUUAGUAAAAGAAAAAAAAAUAGUAACCAGAAUACAAUCAUACAAAGUGCCUGCAAAACAACCAAAGAAUAAUCGAAAAAUAGCAUUUUUAACGAGUUAACCAAAAUAUGCCAACACACAAAGUGAAAAUAAGUCAAAGCAGCAACCAGGCUACGGAGCAGAAAUCAGCAAUACACACACCUGCACAGAAAAGCAACAAUCAAUCCACAACAACAAGAAGUCAACGUCCAAUUAAAAGCUCACUUUUCCGUAUUGCUUUCUAUGUCGAUUGACCGAUAUCACCGAACCAUCUAAUCGAUUACUCGCCUUUACCAACACUGCUGGGCAAAGAAAAGCAGAGCGAGUGAGGGCAAAACAGCUGAUUGCGACUGGCACACGGUUGUUGUUGCAGUUGCGCUGUUUUUCUUUCUUUUUUUUGUUUUGUGGAACUUUUUCGCUGCAGCGAGAAAGAGAGCCGAAAGAGAGAGGGAGAGAGCGGAGCACAAACUACUACGUGUGACGUGGUGUGGGGGCAUACAGGUGGCAAAACAGCUGUUCCAACAGCAAAAAAGCAAUCUGUUUUUUAGUAGAAUACAUAAUCAAUUUGACGCCUGCAGUUUUUCAGCAAAAAACACAAACAAAUCACACUACCAAAAAAUUAACAACAACAACAACUACAAAAACAACAACUACAAAAACAACAACAAAAAGAUCAGGAGAGAGGGACUUUAAAGUGGCAGCUUCCAGGACAAACCUUCACAACGAGUGCUUCCCGUCCGAAACCGAAGAGAUCACCUUCCAGACGCCAACACAAACACAUACACACCCCCUUCCUUCCUCCCACAAAAUAUUUCCAAGCUGGCCGAAACAACAACAGCAACAUCAAAAGAAACCUUCCAACAAAUAACGGGAUCCAAUUGAUUAAACGAUCGAGGGGGCUAAUAGUAAUUGCAAUCCUUAUUGGCGGCUAGCUGCGCGCACGUUAUGACCAAUUCGAUUGCGUCAACGAAAUGCCUGCCCAAUGCACUAUCGACCGGCAAUUAUGGAAUGUCCCAGAGCGACCGUUACACCGAUGAUAGCAAGGAGUACAUCAUCGUUAAGCUCACCGAUUCAGCGUUCCGUGCGAUCGAGGAAUAUCAGCGCGAUGACAACGCCAAGCGAUUGCCGCCGGGCCAACGGGCCAAAAUCCAAUUUGUUGGCAACACGGGCGUCAUCCAGUUCCCGCGACCAGCGACGGAUGCUAAUGGCAUCCCUAAUGCUAAUGGCAAUGGCAGCGACCCAUCCGGAGGAGCCGGAGGUGGUGGUCGAAAAUUUGGAUUCACCAUCAACAAUAUGGAGGGAACGUUGGAGUGCGUUCAACAGCAGCAAAGGAACCUCGGAGUCCUCGGAGCGGUCACAGUGCGAAUGCGGAUCCAUGCCAACGACGAUGUCUACGAUACGACACGCACAAAAAUGGCCAUUGCCGAGGAGACGGAGAAGAGCAAGUGCAUCAGGGAGAUUAAGCCGAAUCAGUCGGAUAUCGGGCGUAAGGUGAAGAAGCCGCCAUCGUCUAUUCAAUCGUCCAUGUCCUCCGCCUCCAAUGCCUCGGCAGCAGCAGCAGCCUUCUCCUCCUCCAACUCCAACUCCUCUUCCUCCGGUUUGACGACGACGACGGCAUUUCAUCAUCACAGCAACAGCAACAACAGUGGGAACAACAACAACAACAGCAGCAACAGUAGCAGCAGCAAUAGUUUUAAUAGCAACAACCAUAGUCGUAAGUUAGGUACAUCGCCAUUUAAUGGCCUAGGCAUAGGAUCCAGCAGCAUGAGCAGCUCAGCCGGCGGCUUCGCCUCCCGUUCGCCGAAUCCCAGCACGCUGGGCGCCAGCGGCACAGUCAAUGGCUCUGGUGGUCACGGCGGUCGCUACGGUGCCGCCUCAUCGCUAGCCUCCACGUUUGCCAACGGCAUCUCGCAGGGCUACAAAAACCUGAGCGGCAGCUCGCCAAAGGAGAACCUAGCCACCAUGAUGCCGCACGGAUCAUCGUCGUCGUCGUCGUCGGGCGGAGCCAUCAACUCCUCACGCAACAACAAGAUGCCAAGCGGAGGCCUGACCGCCUCCAACUCCAACUCUAACUCCUCAUCCUCAGCGUCCUCCAGGAGUGCCAAUAACAAGUCGUCCGGCGGCAACAAGAUGUCCGAUGUGUCCAGGCGCAAUAUACGCGAACGUCUCAUCCAUUUGCUGGCCCUCAAGGCGUUCAAGAAGCCCGAGCUCUUCACGCGGCUCAAGAACGAGGGCAUCCGGGAUCGGGAGAGCAAACAGAUCACCAAUAUACUCCUGGACAUUAGCACCAUGUCGCACAACGUGUACAAUCUGCGCCGUCAGAUGUGGAACGAUGUCGAUGAGAACUGGCCCUUCUUCAGCGAACAGGAAGUGCAGCAGCUGAAGCGUCGCAAGCCCCAGAAUCUGACGCCGCCGAUGAGCUCCGAUGCGGGCAGCUCCACCUCCGGCCAGAGUCCCACGUCCACGCACACGGGCAGUCCGCCGCCGCCGUCGAGCAAUGGCGGUGGUGGUCCCGGUGGCGUAGGCGGCGGUGGAGCUGGAGGCGGCAGCCUGAAGCGGACCAGUCUGGAGUACGACGAGACCAUGUUCAGUACGGUUCAGCCGAAGAAGCAGCGCAUCAGUCACUACAAGAAGGACACCCCGCCCUCGGGCACCUCGUACUCCUCCGCCGCGGUAUCGAUGGCACUGGGGGGCACCUCCUCCUCCGCCUCGAGUCGGAAUCGUUAUACGCCGCCGCAACGGCAGCCGGGACCGCUGGACGAUCACAGUACCAGUGAUCUCAGCUACAAUGUGCUGGACAACAUGGAGGAGUUUAUGAGCUCGACGGCAGCGGCCACUCAGCAAUCGAUUGUGGAGCAGCAGCAGCAGCAUCAUCCGAGGAGCAGUAGCAGCAGCAGCAGACGGGGAAGCUCCUCGCUGGGAGGCGGAGCCAGCGGGAAUGGAGGCAACAAGGAUAAGCGCAACUCCACCGGCAGCAAUUCGAGCAGCUCCAGUGGCUACGAAACGCAACAGGAUCGCCAGCGGACGAUGUCCUCGAAUCGUAGCAGCAGUAGCAAUAGCAACAGCAAAUCCUCAGCCGCCUCCUCCUCCGCCUCCGCCUCUUCCUCGACAACUCCGCCGAAAUUGGCAGCGAGUUUUGUGCCUGCCGCCUCCUCUUCCGGUUCGUCGGGCAAGCAGCGAAUGCCGCCGCAGCAGCAGAGCGAUUACAGCACGUACAACAGCAACAGCAGCAACAACACGCAACAUGCGGCCUCCAACAGCAAGAAGAGGACGAGUAGCAGCAGUGGUGGUCCCAGUGGAGCGAAUGGCCAGCGGCAGAGGAGCUCCUCCAGUGCCUCGAACUCUGGCUAUCAGCAGGUGCCGCCGCCUUCGUCCAACUCCUCGAGAUCGUCCCUCCAGCAGCAGCAGCAGCAACCGCAGAAGCAGCAACAAAAGCAGCAAAAGCAGAUGCAGCAACAGCAGCAGCAGCAACAACAGCAGCAACAGCAACAGCAGCAGCAACAACAGCAGCAGCAGCAACAACAGCAGCACAAUCACUACCAUCAGCAGGCAAAGCAUCCAUCGCCGACGCAACAACUGGCGGCUGCUGCGCAUGCGUACGCCCAUGCCACCGCGGACGCGGACGCGAAUGCCACGCCCCGCUACGACUUCAGCCAGUAUGUGCCCAUCCAGACGCUGGAGGUGCGGCGGCGCUACAAGACUGAAUUCGAGAGCGACUACGACGAGUACCGCAAGCUGUUGACGCGCGUCGAGGAUGUGCGCAAUCGCUUCCAGGAUCUGGCCGAGCGCCUGGACAGCGCCCGGCGGUGUGACAAUGGAUACGGCGACUACGAUCACAUCAAGCGGCAGAUUGUGUGCGAGUACGAGCGGAUCAACAACGAUCGCACCAUUGGAGAGGAUAAGCAGCGCUUCGAUUACCUCCACGCCAAGUUGGCGCACAUCAAGCAGUUGGUGAUGGACUACGACAAGACUUUGAUGAGUGCCCCUACGCCGGCAGCGGCGACUGUUGCUCCUCCACCAUCGGAAGUGGUGGCAGUGCCAGUUGCGGAUCCAUCUGUAACGGAGGCGGCGGUGGCGGCCAGAUUAGCCGAGCAGCAGAGGAGGCAACACCAUGCGGCCGAGACGAUAGAACAGAAGCAGCAGAAGCAACGCCACCAUCUCCAGCAGAACCAGCAUCAUCCGAGUCAGCAGCAUCAUCCGCAACAGCAACAACAACUGUUACAGCAGCAGCAGCAACAUCUGCAGCAGCAACAACAGCAGCAGCAACAGCAACAGAAUGUUAGCGAUUCGGAUGAGAGUUCCGAUAGCUCGGAUUCAAACGAUGAUGACGACGAGGACUGCGAAGAUUCCAACUCCAACUCCAAUACCGAUGACGAUGAGGCACGCUACUGAUCCUGCUGAUCCUGCUGGGACUUCGAACUUCGAUGACCGAACCGCUGAUUAUCCCCCAUGUGUAAAAAGGCAAAACAAGCAAGAAACUAUUAUAAAUACUGCAACAACAAACUAUUAUAGUAAAAAAAACGCAAAAAAAAUACAAAUACUACAAGCAAAACCGACAAAAAACACCAACAAAAACGUUCUAUAAGAAAUUGUACUACAAGCAAACAAAAAACCUUCAAAAAAAUGUUGAAAUUAUGUUAACAAAAACUAAACAAAAAAUACAAAACUUUCGCGUAAAAUAAUUUUUAUUACAUUUAAAACAAAAAAAAAGGAAUGGUAGGCGGCGGGGCCAAUUCUGCUGCCAUCGAUUCUACACACAACACACACAUAUAUAUAUAUACACGUAUAUAUAUACAUAGAUAUAUACGUAUAUGAACUAUAUACAUAACAACAACAACAAGCCAGAAGAAGACCGAGUUGAGGAGGAAACAAAAUCAAUAUUUUUAAAAAUCAACCAACAACGGCGAAAGCAAAAAAAAUUAUAUACGAGUUGUAGACUUAAUUUUUUGUUGAGCAUAUUGAGCAGCUUAAAUAAGCGCAGGCAUAAGUAACUAAAUGAAAACGAAAACACAUGUUUUUCCUUGCGUUUUGUGUGUAAUAAUUAUUAUUAUUAUUAUAUUAUUAUUAUCAACUUUUAAAUAUAGCGUGUAUGUUUUUCGUUUUUAA